GCGGUUCUUAAUAAACAGCCCGCGAGCCGGGCUAGCAGCACAGUGCAGAGACUGGAGCCCCAGAACCUCGCCGAGAGUCAGCGUUGUCAACCUGUCCCCGGUGUCCCGGCCACGCGCCCCUCCCGCCGCAGCCGCCGAACCGCUGUCUAGAGCCCCAGCCUCUCCACCAUGACACUCCUACUGGUGUGCCUGUUCCUUUGUGCCCAGGUCGUGAGCAACUCUGAAGGCAGCCAGGACCUUCAACGAGUAUCUGGUACAUUGAACUGUGGCUGUCUGAAUGGAGGAACAUGUGUGUCCUACAAGUACUUCUCUAACAUUCAGCGAUGCAACUGCCCAAAGAAAUUCCAAGGGGAGCAUUGUGAGAUAGAUACAUCGAAUACCUGCUAUCAGGGGAAUGGUCAAUCUUACCGAGGGAAGGCCAACACCGACUAUAAGUCCCGGCCCUGCCUGGCCUGGAACUCUGCCAAUGUCCUUCUGAAACCGUACCAUGCCCAAAGACCUGAUGCCCUUCAGCUGGGCCUGGGGAAACACAAUUACUGCAGGAACCCAAACAACCACAGAAUGCCCUGGUGCUAUGUGCAGGUUGGCCUAAAGCAGUUCGCCCAAGAGUGCAUGUUGCCCGACUGCUCUUAUGGGAGAAGUCCCUUUUCCCCUGAAAAAGCAGAGUUUCAGUGUGGCCAGAAGGCUUUGAGGCCCCGCUUUAAGAUUGUCGGGGGAGAAACCACCUCCAUUGAGAACCAGCCUUGGUUUGCAGCCAUCUAUAGGAGGCACCGUGGAGGCUCUGUCACCUAUGUGUGCGGUGGCAGCCUCAUCAGUCCUUGCUGGGUGCUCAGUGCCACACACUGCUUCAUUAAUUACCAAAAGAAGGAGGACUACAUUGUCUACCUGGGUCGGUCAAAUCUUAACUCCGCUACACCUGGGGAGAUGAGGUUUAGGGUGGAAAAGCUCAUCUUGCACGAGGACUACAGUGCUGACACACUUGCUCACCACAACGAUAUUGCCUUGCUGAAGAUCAGUUCCAGCUCCGGCCAGUGUGCGCUGCCAUCCCGGUCCAUACAGACCAUCUGCCUGCCCCCAGUGUAUGGCGAUGCUGUUUUUGGCACAAGCUGUGAGAUCACUGGCUUUGGAAAACAGAAUACCACUGACUAUCUCUAUCCAGAGGAGCUGAAAAUGACAUCUGUGAAGCUGGUUUCCUACACGGACUGUCAGCAGCCCCACUACUACGGCUCUGAGGUCACCACCAAAAUGCUGUGUGCUGCCGACCCACAGUGGAAGUCAGAUUCCUGCCAGGGAGACUCAGGGGGGCCCCUGAUCUGUUCCAUCCAAAGCCGCCUGAUUCUUACUGGGAUUGUGAGCUGGGGCAGGGGAUGUGCCAUGAAGGACAAGCCAGGAGUCUACACAAGGGUCUCACGCUUCCUGCCCUGGAUCCGCGCUCAAACCAGGGAAGAGAAUAAUGACCUGAUCCUCUGAGGACCCACAGGGAGCCACCGGAGGAGAAGGACACUGCCUACUCCCACGCUGACCGUUACUUUCACAGUAGGGCCAUACGCACAAGCUUUAUAAGGAAGAGACAGAAAGAUAGGCUCUGCAGAGAUGCCUUGGCUUGUGUUGCCCACUGGGACGAGCGUUAAUAGCUUUCCCCUCAGAUACAGGGCUGGGUGCUGGGCGCCCAGAUCCCCUCUGACCAGGAUGGAGGGGUGGUCCUGACCCAGAAUGGUAUGGACCAGUGGUUUGUCUUUUUCUGAACUAAAGCCUCCUGGAGAUAAAAAUGGAAUCUCCUGUACAUGUGUGGAAGGAGAACCAGCUCCCCCAACAGUGGGCAUUCAUGAGGCCUAUUGUUGGGAAAUGAAUAAUUUCCCAAUUAGGAAGUGUGACAGAACUGAGGUCUCUUAAGGGAGCUUGGCCAAUGUGGGAACAGUGGUUUGGGGAGUAGGGACACUAAUAACUUGAGGGAAGGGCUCUGACAUUUCCAUGAAUGUAUCAGGAAAUAUUAUAUAUGCAUGUUUAUGUUUGCACACUUGUGCACGGGCUGUGAGUAGACAGUUUGGGUAAGACCUGGUGUUUCUGUGUCUGACUGUGAGUCUAGGUAUUUCCCUAAACUGUGGACUGUGAUGCCACAUAGAACGGUCUGUCGGGAGAGGUCUCUUUUUGCGGACGUGGUCCAUGACGACCAUUAAAAUUUUCAGUUUCACUUUCACACAGAUGUCCCUUUCUUAGCCAGUUAUCCCUUCUAAUUUUCCAGCUGAGUCCAUCCAAUCCUCACUGGAUGGGGUGAGGACCACUCCUGUACACUGAAUAUUUAAUAAUUAUA